AUCCACACGUCAUUUUUUUAGAAAAACUACAAUUUUGUAGAAAACAAGGAUAUCCUUAUCAUCUUUCCUCAGACUAACAGUUAAAGGGUACUGUAGCACAACUUUAAAGGGGUUCUUGGAAUUACGCCGACAGUCCCUUUAUCCUCUUCGCCUGGAGCAUAAUAAAUUUCUAGUUUUUAAUAUUGGUAUUUGUUCUUUAUCAGGGUUAAACCAGGUUGCCAACAUUGGCUGCAUUGUGUCAACUUUCAAGAAUAUUGUUUUCACAUAGAUCCAUGGUCAAAGGUUACUGUCAAUUAAUGUUUUUUUUGCAAGCAUUUUUAUCGAAACUUAACGAGUUGAUUGCAUGUAAAUUAUAUCUACAUUUGCAUAAUUUACAAUAUAUGAUGGUAUGCGCGUAUUGUUCAUUGCGCACAACAAUGGGUUGACUUUCUCCCGGGUCUGGACAUAUGGGUGGAUGCGCGCUGCGCCACUGCACGCUCACAAUCUUGCCUGUGCACUGUUAGUAUUGUAGAGAGGAGGAAGGAGAGUAGAACCAUAGUUUAGAUAUCAUUAUUUACUCCUUAUCCUUAGAGUAUUUAGAAUGGGACAGUGUAAAUCCAAGGUUCAAGUCCUUGAGACCAGUGAUCAGGAAUCCUCUAAGGAGAAGGAGGAAAAAUCUGCAAAAUCCUUGAAAAGAAAAUGGAGAAAAUCCAAAGGAUAUUCUUUAUCUGGAAGCCUGGAGGGAAACCUAGAACGGUCCUCCAAUAAUAUCAGUGAUGUAUCUUCCUCCCAUCAAUCCAUCCCGGCUCUUCUAGUUUCUUACAAUACAAAACAACUAGAAAAUAAUCCUAACAUUAAUCCUCAAACAUAUGCCAAGAAACUCGCCCAAGAGGAUUUAGUUCCGGUAAAGCUGAGUGAUAAGACAAAAAUUUGCAGAGAAAUUGAUCCUAGGGCGAGUUUGAAAUCUCAUCCAACAUUGCCCGGUCAGGAAGAAAUUAAUCAUGCGUCAGUAUCCGGACAGGCUGAAUUGAAUUAUCGGUCAGUAUCCGGUCAUGACCGGUUAAAAUUGCAACCAAGUCCUUCCGAAAAUGAUGAUUUACAUUUUUUGCCUAUUUCCAGCUCAGACCGGUUCAAUGCAUUAAGUUUAUCGGAUGCCGAGGAUUCAAACCCUUCAGCAUUAUCUAAUCAAGGAAAGUCGAAUCAUCUAAAAUUAGAAACUACUCACAGAUUGGACACAUUAAAAUUAUCUGGUCACAAUGGGGUUAAUUCGAACAUUCCAUCUCGUGAGGAUGGAUUAAAAUCUACAAAAUUAUCUUGUGAGGAUGGAUUAAAAUCUACAAAAUUAUUUCUUGAGGAUGGAUUAAAGUCUGCAAAAUUAUCUCUUGAGGAUGGAUUAAAAUCUACAAAAUUAUUUAGUGAAGAUGGGCCCAAAUCUGAUGAAUUAACUGACAAAGACUUAUCUAAUUCUCCAAGAAUAUCCAGCAAGGACGGGUUGAGUUUAAGAAUAUCAAGCAAGGACGGAUUGAGUUCUCCAAGAAUAUCAAGCAAAGACGGAUUGAGUUCUCCAAGAAUAUCAAGCAAGGACGGAUUGAGUUCUCCAAGUGCAUCAAGCAAGGAUGUGUUAAAUUCUCCAAGAAUAUCCUGCAAGGACGAGUGGAGUUCUCCUAGAAUAUCCUGCAAGGACGGAUUGAAUUAUUUAAAGAUAUCCAGCAAGGACGGGUUAAUAUCUCCGACAAUAUCAGGCAAGGACGGAUCGAGUUCCCCAAGAACAUCUAGAAAUGUUGGGUUUAUUUCUCCAAGAAUAUCUGGACAGGACGGAGUGGAUUCUCCAAGAAUAUCUGGACAGGACGGGUUGAAUUCUCCAAGAAUAUCUGGACAGGACGGAUUGGAUUCUCCAAGAAUAUCUGGACAGGACGGAGUGGAUUCUCCAAGAAUAUCUAGACAGGACGGAUUGAAUUCUCCUAGAAUAGUCCCUCCUCCAUCAUUCUCAUUUGAAAGAGUCAAAGACCAUGAAAUAGCUGAAGGUUCUAAAUCCGUGUUAUCUGAUAGAUCAGGCAGCAAUACUGGAGAUCUACAGACCUGUCAAUCUACCACGGAGCAGAACAUCCGAACCCGAGAGAAGAGGGAAACCUUGAUCUCACCCGAGAUGAAGAAUAGGAGAACGAGCAUACCCGUCCCAGCUGAGAUCAGUUCCAUCCUGGAGUCUGGUCUAGCACCUCUAGAUCUAUCCUGGGUUCAGGAGAUCCCAGAUCUAGAACUAGAACCAUCUAAUAAACCUGGGAUAAACUCUGAGAUGAUGGGAGUAGGCGGAGAGUUGUCAGAAUUAAUACUGAGCUGUGAUCAAGUGCCAUAUAGUAGAACCCUGAGCAAACACGAACCUGAGAACACUCCCACGCAUUCAGGUCACCAACCUAUGCCAGACAUUGUCGCUACAUCUAUAAGCAAGAAAUAUGAAUUGAACCAAACAAUACCAGAGAAUAUUUAUCAAAGUGGGAUCAGCAGUCCUAAACCUGGCUCCGGAGAUGUAGUGAGUAGGCGUGGGUUUAAUGGUUUAGAUGAAAGUUUACAACCGACUGUAGAGAGCUGGGAUGAUAAUGAUGUGGAUCCAGUUCCACCUUCAUCAACAGAAUCUACUUUUCAAUAUCAUGGAUCUAAUCGUUUAAAAGAGGGUUCAGUUCUCAGGACUGAAAGUAAUGUUGGGAAUGGUAUACGCCCAGUAACUCCCAAUAGCAAAUCAGAAUUAGCUCAAACCUUAACUAAUUCUAAACCUAAAAAGUAUACCACUAUUCAUGAUAUUAAAAGAAAACUAACUGAAGAAGAUAAGGAUUCCUUGAGAGCCCAGGAAGAACCUAUAAUAUUUGAAUCCGAACAACCCUGUAAAGUUGCUACCGGAGAACAUGAAGUAUUAGAUCAACCUAUAGAAAAUCUAGAAAGAGAUGCAGAUAAUGAGAAUAUUAAAGAAAUUGUAACUGCUAGAAUUCCUGAAAACGAUUGUUUGAGAGAAGAGAAGGUAGUUGAGGUACCAGUGGAACAUAAAAAUGUAUGCAAAGAAACCUGUUCUGCUGCUAAAGAACAUGAAAUUACAAAAGAUAAGCGUUCUUACACCAACAAUUCUCAAGUUGAACAAGGCUUGAAAAACGUUGAAACAAUGAAUGAGCCGAUUAACAAACCUAACUAUGAUUUUAAAGAUGAAAAUCAGAAGAUUGCGGAAGAUAUUUCCCGAAUUUACGGCAAUAUUAAGGUGUCUGAGAAAAGUGACAAGCUGAACAAAACACUUGAAAAAAUUGAAGAAUCCCAACCUCCAAAUCAUUCAUUUUUGCUUGACACCACACACAAGGCUGAAGAAAAGAUAAAGGAUGAAAGUUUUGGCACGGUAAGGAGUAGAGUCAUGCGAAUAAAUAAUUUGUCAGAACGCCAGGAUAGCUUAAAUAAGUUUAGAAGUUUUGAACUCGAGAAUAACCAUGAAAUUAAAGUUGGAAAAGUGUUAAACCAAGAUUUGGAAACUGAAUUGACUGUUAAAGAUGACAAGAAUUUAGAAGUAACUGCCAGACACUCUGAAAAGGAAAUGCAGAAAUCUGUUAAUGAAUUCAGGAUUGAAGUGAAGGUGGCAGACCCACAGAAAAAUAUGCAUCUCAAAGACGUUCAGGAGGGAGAAGAAGAGAGAGUUAAAAUUGAAAUUGAUGACCUAUGCUCUCCUACAGAGAUUGAAGCCAAGGACCUGAGAAGAAAAGGAUUGCAUGAGAUAUUGAAACCUCCUUGCCAGGAUAUGGUUGAAUAUGAAAGAGAAGAAUCAGUAUUGAAUCCGAUUGAUUCAGAUCAAGUUUCGGAUAACAAGGAGAUGAAAGGUUUCUUCUCUAAUAGCUCAUUGAAAGGUGAUAUUAGAGAUCCUCAAGAUGUAAACUCAGACGGAGUCAACUUUCAAGCUCAUUCAAACAUUGAAUCCACAUUUUUAACAACUACGGACGAAGAUAAGUUUUCCACCAUAGACAAUCCAGAUCCUGAAAAUGGUAAACUAAUUGAACCGUUGUUUGAAACCAGAGAAAUGUUGAUUGAUAAAUCCAAGUUUGAACCUGCAACUUUUCUAACAGGAUCUGGAGAUAAGGUGGUAACUACCAAUCCUCCCACCCUCUAUGCCACACACAGUCCUCAUUAUCCCGAGAUAUUAAAGAAUAAAACCACUCCUACAGAUUUUGAGAAUACAGGAGUGUUGAUUGGAAGAAGUGAGCUGGAGAUGGUUCCAAGGAUUGGGAACGAUGAAUAUGGUUCUGAAACCAGUUCUAUGGAUUGGAGAAGGGAGGGAUGGAGUGAUAGAUCUGAAGUUGAAGAUGAAGAUACCAGUGAAAAUACCGAGUUUGCUCAGCACUUGGACAAUACUUCAGAGGAUGAAACCGAGAACGAAUCUACUUGCUAUGACAGUCUUGAGGAUCUAAAACGAGGACGAGGAGUGAGAAAGCUCCCGUCUCUUCCUUCUCUUCUUUCUCCUAUACUAUCCUCCCUACGUCCUUCUCUUGACCCUCUUCAUCUCCGUUCUUCUCUCUCUCCAUCAUCUUCUUUUCAAGCGACAGGAAACCUGAAUGAUAGUUUGGAAGAUGUUUCUUCUAUAUCGGAAGACUCGAAAUCAGUCGAAUGUUCUAGAAGAAGAUUACAAAGAAGUCUUACCUUUACCUCCGAUGGGACUAAAGUAAGAAGAAAACUCCCCUGUAUUCCUGUUCGUGGGUCCAUAUUCAAACCAGACCAAUGUUUUCCAGAUCAUAGAUCGUCUAGUUCGGAUCAUUACGAUCCAGGGUUCUUUUCUCUCUCCGACGAACGGAGCUCCGAGGUUGACUCCGGUAGUCCACCUUUAGAACUAUACGGAGAAGAAACCUGUGUUGACGCUCCAUUGCUUCCUAAACGAAACUCGUCUAACUAUCUGUGGGUUGAGUUUGAAAACCCUGAUGAGGUGGUUAGAAGACGACCGAAGAACCAUGACAGAUUAAGUCAAGGAAGAAAUGCUAAACACAGACACUCCGCCCCUCCUGGGAUGCUGGAUAAUUAUCCAAGAAUAAGGCAGAAGCGAAGCUUGCCGGAGAAACCAGGACGGAUUCACUCAGCUGUAGUCUCCGGGAUAAACGUGGAGACAAGGAGUGUAACCGUUGAAUGGUUUGAACGAGGAGAAACCAAGGGUAAAGAGAUAGAACUGGAACAGGUUUUAGAUCUCAACGGAGAUCUUGCUCCUCCCACAUACGACAACGCUAACGUGAUCCCAAACAAACUACAAAAGAACGAAAAUAAGAAUUUCGGCGAGACUAAAUCCUAUGUACCCAGACCAUCUCUACCUGUAGCGUCCCGAGGGAAGAAUAAGAAUAUAGUGCGCCGGUCAGAGGUUAUAAACUCCAAUGGGCACAACAAAGAAGAUCCAACAGACGCACCAAUGCCUCCUCCAAAGGUUCCAUCCCUGCCCCCAGAGCGAAGUGAAACUAUCAGCAAGGCAACUGGUGCUGCUGCUGCUGCUGCAAAAACAACAGCUGCGGAUCGACGACGAAGUAACGUUGUGAAGGAGGUGGAAAGAUUAAAAGAGAACAGGGAGAAGAGAAGAGCCCAGCAGGCACAAAUACUUGAGGAGAAGGAAGCCCUCAGGAAUGUUGAUCCAGGAAAUCCGAACUGGGAAUUUCUGCAGAUGAUUUUAGAUUACAAGGAUCAACUAGAAUUCAAUCCUCUCCAGGACGGAGAUCCGCUGUCUGAUCACCAGAUAACUGUAUGUGUGAGGAAGAGACCGAUGAGUCAAAAGGAAGUAAAGAAGAAAGAGGUUGAUGUUGUAACCUGUCCGAAUAGAGACCAGGUGAUAAUUCACGAACCAAGAACCAAAGUUGAUUUAACUAAAUAUCUCGAAAAUCAGCAUUUCAGGAUCGAUUAUGCAUUUGACGAGCAUGCUACGAAUGAGCUUGUUUACAAGUAUACAGCUAGACCUUUAGUACAGAGUAUAUUUGAUGGAGGAAUGGCAACUUGUUUUGCAUACGGACAGACUGGUUCUGGGAAGACACAUACUAUGGGAGGAGAGUUCCAGGGGAAAACCCAGGAUUCCAAGGGAGGAAUUUAUGCAUUUGCUACCAGAGAUGUUUUCAAGUUGGUGAAAUCUCCUAAAUAUAAGAAUUUGGAUGUUCUUGUCUCCUGCUCCUACUUCGAGAUCUACUCUGGCAAGGUGUUCGACCUCUUGUCCGGGAAGAGUAAGCUCCGCGUCCUCGAGGACGGAAAACAACAGAUUGUCGUGGUCGGGUUGACGGAGAGGGAGGUCGACUGUGUUGAGGAUGUAUUGAAGUUAAUUACACACGGGAACGGGAUUAGAACUUCAGGACAAACCAGCGCUAAUGCACAUUCAUCUAGGAGUCAUGCAGUUUUUCAGAUAAUUCUGCGCCACAAUAAUAACAGGAAAACACUCUACGGAAAGUUUUCCCUUAUUGAUCUUGCCGGUAACGAGAGAGGAGCGGAUACAUCCUCCGCCAACCGUCAGACUAGAAUGGAAGGGGCGGAGAUUAAUAAAUCCCUGUUGGCUCUCAAGGAAUGUAUCAGGGCUCUAGGACGGAAAGGAUCUCAUCUACCUUUUAGAGCUAGUAAACUCACUCAAGUACUCAGAGACUCUUUCAUCGGAGAAAAGGCUAAAACAUGUAUGAUUGCUAUGAUCAGUCCAUCUUUAUCAUCUUGUGAACACACUCUAAACACUCUUCGGUACGCGAACAGGGUUAAGGAGCUAGGAGCAGCAGAUCCUACUGAGAUGCGAGGGAAAGCUCCUGAACCUGAUCUAGGAUAUGGGUUCGAGGACGAGGAAGCUCUCUCAGCUAGGAUGGAUGACGGAGUCAUGUCUCCUGAAGACAGUGAUCUUGCACAACUCAGAUCGUUAAACGACGGUGAAUGUAGCGCGGACUGGUACAACUUCCAGGAAUCUGUAGCUCACCUCCAGCUACUGGAGGAGGAGGUGGUGGAGUCCCACAAAAACCUGGUGGAUAACAUGUUGCUGUGGGCUAAACAGGACCAAAGUUUACUCGCAAUGUCUAACGAAGUGGACUAUGACCAGGACGCGUACGCACAGCAGCUUGAGGAUAUGAUUGCAGAAAAACAGGAAAUCCUGGCGAGUCUCAGAGAAAAAACUAGAGCAUUUAGGGAGUGUCUGAACGAGGAAGAGAUGAGAAGUCAGAACCUUGUCGGCGGAACAAACUAAAUCAAACCGAAGAUAAACCCCUCACAAAAUAUUUAUUCUUAUUCUUAACCUAACACGCACCAGUGCCCAGUUCAUUGGUAUAAACGGAGCUAACCCUAACCUACAACCCUGGGCCGAGCUAGGGUUUAAAUUUUACCAAGUCUCCUCCAAGUAUAGAUUUUAUGACUACUCUUCAAAUAUAAAGUUUAGUGUAGAAGUUUCUGAAUUCGGUAAAAUAUGUUUUAAUGACGAGCUUUUUAUCCAGACCAGUUUUAUCAAUAAUUAUUAACCCAUUUAAAUCUGUGAUGUUUGAUACAAUUGCUAAUAUGGUUGAACAAAACCCAAUUUUGAAACUAAAUUCUCUUCUGGAUCUUGUACCGCACUGCUCGUACAUCAUGUACGCCAUGUACAGUACACGUAUCCGUCCUAGCUAGUUCUACCAGAUCAAGCUUUGUAUCAGGUCUGGUUUCAUCUUUAUGCUUUGAUCCUGUGCACAGGAAAUUAUGAACCCCGCUAACCAAAGUAUUAACUAAAUAAUUCAAUUUUGUAGAAAAAUCUAAUAUUUUAAAUAAAGCAACGAUCAAUUCA